AUGAGCGAGACUUCGAGCCUCGACAACUCGAGCGAUGCCGCUCCUGGUAUGCACUUCAUCGUCCCAAAUCUUUGGUAUCAGCGUCAAGUGCACUCGACCAUUCAAGUCCUAGUCUUGGGUUUCUUGGUCUGGGAAAUUGUCAUUGCGAGUGCGGGUAAGAGCAAAGAAGCACCAGCUACUUCUGGUUGGGAGCUGCGACAGUGGCUUCGGCCCCGCAAGAGAUGGUCGCUCUGCCUGUUCACACUGGGGCGGUACUUUGGUCUCUCGGCCUUGCUGGCCUCCGUCAUCUUGAAUAUCGAGGAUGGGGUAACGGCACAUUUCUGCUCAAAGUAUCAGGCCGUGCUUCCCAUCUUGGACGGUCUGGGAUAUGCAAUCAUCACCCCGCUGCUCAUGCUGCGUACAUGGGCCAUCUGCAACAAGAACAGGUGGAUUGGACUGAUCAUGGCUGCAAGCUGGCUCUCUUCGCUCGUCAUCUCCAUGUAUGCCGCCCAAUUCUACCAGGGCGUGCCAUUCGCGUCUGUGCCGGGUCUCGGUCCGGUCGGAGGAUGUGCCAAUGAUCCUGCCAAUUACUGGCCCGCCGUUGACGUUCUGUGCUUUGUCUUUGCGAGCGGCAAAAUGCUUCUCCUUUGGCGCCAGACUGGCUUCAAGACGAAGUUUCAACAUACGCUGUUAAAAGAGGGUAUUCAAUACUUUCUCGCUGUCAUGGCGGCCAACAUCGUGAACAUCAUUUUCACCCUCAGCGACAGCCUGCCCUUGUUCAUCAGACCUAUCAUGGCUGGGCCGGCAGCAACGGUUACGUGCAGUCACACCGUCAUCAAAGCGCCGAGCCACACGCCCAUCCAUUCUGGUGGAACAAGUGCCGACGACGACUUUUUGAAGCCCUCUGGACUCCAACGCAAGCUUGACGAGCGGAGACCGCGAGACGUCGAGGAUCCUCUUCACCAACAACAGCCUCGAUAUGACUUCUCGAGCCCUGUUCGACAGUCGUCAGAAUUCUCUACACAUCUUAGGCAGAUGCCGCGCUCCACCAACGACGGCUUCCCGUCCAGGCAACGAAGCCACAGCAUUUCCAAGAAUUUCUCUAGCACCUGCAUUAUCUCUGCGGCUGGGUGGCAGAGAGAGAAGGCGCCUCCGCGUAGACAGCCCCCGGCAUCGGCCGAAGCCGGGCGCGAAGGGAUCGAGCACCACGAACUCGGCAAGACCGACAUUGGAGCGAUUCGGGCUAUGAGUCAGUAUGAUCAAGGCGCCGAGUCGCCUUCCACAUCCAGCAACAGUCAUUUCCAAUCCAAGAAUCUCGCAGCGCCUUUCGAACGGUCUGCUUUGCAUAGCCCGCAACCUUUUGAAGUCCUUGCGCAUAGUGCACAUGACGACUUUCAGGAAGAAGUAAGCAACUCUCCUACCUCGACCGCUCAAUUCGAGUCGUCGCUUGCCAUCCAUCAGCGCUCGGCAUCGUCUUCGCUCGGGGUGCAGUACACCAGAGAGGUCGUCGUACAUCAAGACUAG